ACACCCGUGCGGAAGUUCGCAUUUUAAAAACAUCGCUCGCCUAUUCAUCAAUCGCCCUACACGACGGAAGGCGCGCAGAACGACAUCAACGUCCUAAAGCUGAAGGCGUGUGGAAAGCAAAACAACCUUUCUUUAUCCGAUUCAUGCUCUCGUUUUGUGUCUGAACAUUCACAUUCCAACACAAAAUGCACUUUAAAAUUCAAAAUGCACAUGUUUGCAACCACACCGGCCAGUCAGGAUAGUUAAAAUGGAAGGAUGCAUCUGAAUCCAGAACAAGUUGCCUUAAUUGGACAAGUAUUUGAAUCUUAUGUUGUAGAACUCCAUGAAAAUGAUAUCAUCCAUAUUCUACAAGAGCCAGAUACUGGUGCUCACUAUCCAGUAAUUGUGAAUGCACUGACACUGUUUGAAAUCAAUAUGGAAAUUGGUGAAUACUUAAAUGCAUUUCCAAAUGAACUGUUUCCAAUAUUUGACAAUGCACUGCACAGAGCAACCAUGACAAUUCUGCAGUCAUAUCCGGAGCCACACAAUUUGGUGAUGAAACAAAAACUUCACGUGCGAAUUUCAGGAUUGCCACUUUGCCCAGAACUGACAAGAGAUCGCAUACCAAAAACCCGAGAUGUAGGUCAUUUCCUGUCAGUUAUUGGGACAGUCAUACGUACUGGAAUGGUGAAGGUGUUGGAAUUUGAGCAUGAGUAUAUGUGUAACAAAUGCCGUCACAUCUUCACAGUGACUGCAGACUUUGAGCAGUAUUACACCACCUGCCGUCCUGCAUCCUGCCCGAACCCAGAAGGUUGCAACUCAGUGAAAUUUACAUCCCUGUCUGGGUCCAUGUCUUCUCCUGCCAGUUGUAAAGACUACCAAGAAAUCAAAAUUCAGGAACAGGUUCAGAGACUGUCUGUGGGAAGCAUACCUCGAUCUCUGUUGGUUGUACUUGAAGAUGACCUUGUGGAUACCUGUAAAUCUGGUGAUGAUAUUACAGUUUAUGGUGUGGUUAUGCAGAGAUGGAAACCUCUCAGCCAGGACUCCCGUUGUGACUUAGAACUUGUCCUGAAAGCUAAUAAUCUCGAGGUGAACAAUGAACAGCCAACUGGAGUUAUUAUUGAUGAAGAUGUCCAAAAAGAAUUUGAAAACUUUUGGAAGAACUAUAAAGAUGACCCCCUAGCAGGAAGAAAUGAAAUUCUGGCCAGCCUUUGCCCACAGGUAUUUGGAAUGUUCGUGGUUAAACUAGCUGUCGCCAUGGUGUUGGCAGGUGGAGUGCAAAGAACUGAUCGAGCAGGCACAAAGGUUAGAGGAGAACCCCAUCUUCUACUGGUAGGAGACCCUGGUACAGGGAAAUCUCAAUUUCUUAAAUAUGCGGCAAAAAUUGUGCCUCGGUCAGUACUAACUGCAGGAAUUGGAUCUACAAGUGCAGGUUUGACUGUGACAGCAGUGAAGGACUCUGGAGAGUGGAACCUGGAAGCAGGAGCACUGGUACUAGCAGAUGGAGGUCUGUGCUGCAUUGAUGAAUUUAACAGUAUUAAAGAACAUGAUAAAAGCAGCAUUCAUGAGGCAAUGGAGCAGCAAACUAUAAGCGUGGCAAAGGCAGGUCUAGUAUGCAAGUUGAAUACAAGAACAACUAUACUUGCAGCUACAAAUCCAAAAGGUCAGUAUGACCCUGAUGAAUCCAUUACUGUAAAUACAGCAAUUGCCAGUCCACUUCUGAGCAGAUUUGAUCUUGUAUUGGUACUCCUGGAUACUAAAAAUGAAGAAUGGGACAAAGUCAUAGCUUCUUUCAUUCUGGAAAAUAAAGCUUCCCCAACAAUCUCUGAGAAAUUGUGGAGUAUGGAGAAAAUGAAAAUUUAUUUUUGUCUCAUCAAAACUUUACAACCUAAGAUUUCUGGCGAAGCAAAUAAAAUCCUUGUGAAGUAUUACCAAGUACAGCGUCAAAGCGGGUUUAGAAAUGCAGCGAGGACUACAAUACGCAUGCUUGAGAGCUUGAUCCGUUUAGCUGAAGCUCAUGCAAGGCUGAUGUUUAGAGAUACAGUAACCAUUGAAGAUGCCAUCACAGUGAUCUCUGUAAUGGAGUCUUCCAUGCAGGGAGGUGCUCUACUUGGUGGUGUGAAUGCAUUGCAUACUUCCUUUCCAGAAAAUCCAAAAGAGCAAUACAAAAUGCAAUGUGAACUAUUGCUCGAAAGGUUGGGCCUAAAUGAUAUUCUCCAUCAAGAACUCCAAAGGCUUGACAGUGUUCAAAAUGAAAAAGGGCACCAUCUACCUCCUGGAUGUACAAACUCAAGUGACAAAAUUGAUCAGUUUUCGGAUUCAACAAGUGAUGAAGUGAAGCCCAGUUCCGUUCAAGAUGAACAAUCCAAUGGUGGUCUGACCUGGUUUGUUAAUUUUCAAAGUGAAAGUCGUGACAUGGUGUCAAAGGAAGAUGAAGUGGUACAGAAUAAAUCUGCCACACAAAACGUACCAUCAGAGAAUUCUUAUCAAAGUCUUUUUCCUGAUUUAGGUGUCCAUUCACCGCUAACAAAAAAUCUAGAGGGGGUUGCAACAAGUGUUAACACUCCAGAUGUGAUUUUACCACCUGGAAGGUCUUGCAAUCCAGAUCAUGUGAAGUUUGUUGGUUCAGAUCCCAAAAAUUCAAAGACUGACAAAACAGCUUGCACUGACUCCUCAGAACGACCGACAAAUGCUAAGAUUUCUGCUUCUUCAAAUUCGUCUUGUUCUGCUGUCACAGUGCACACAUCAAAAAAGCUUCGUGCUUCCCGGAUUUCACAGAGUGGAAUGUUGUACAAAAGUGGCAAAAUGUUUAGCGAAAGUCACUCAACUAAUUUAAGUGAAACUGGUGAAUUUUCUAAUCUGGCCAGCAUUUAUUCAGAUAACUUGUGUAUGUCAAAUAGUGAUGAGUUAGGCCAAGAGCCUUCACAUGGAAUGCAGCCUGCACCAAAUAAGUCAAGUCAUCCAUAUGGAACAAAGAAUGCGGUGCAGGACAGUGAAACCACUCCCCAGGAAUCUCCAACUAAUGGGAAUUCCGGCUGUCUGUUGACCAAACUGAAAACAUUUGCAUUCAUACCAAAGCAGAAGCUAAGACAUUUAAUUGGAGAUAAUUCUGCUUCGGAAUCAUUGCUGCAAUCUGAAAUUGCAGAAGUUGGGGUAUUAAAUACUGAAUUGAUGUACACUUCAGAACUAGCAGCACCACCCAGAACUGAUGGAAAAAACACCCAAGCAGGACAUGUUCGUACCACUAAAAGUAAAUCUGCGCACAAAAUCAAAACCAAAGAACUGCCUGUUGUACACUGCAGUAAAACUCAGCCAUCCCUCAAAUUACAGAAACCUUUAAGUACCACAGAUGAGGUGCAAAAUUUGACACUGAAUAAAUCAAAAAGUCCACUCUCUACAGAACCUCACACAGACCAACAACCUAGCCAUAGUUCAGCUAUAACUAGUCAGGUGAAAGUGGCCUCCAGUACGUUAGCAAAACUUGCAAGUUUCUCUUUUAGUUCACCUUCUGAGAAGAAAACCAAAAAUGACACCAUAGAAAAGAAGGCAACUAUUGAGCAGCUGAACAGUGUGACACAAAAGGCAGAUGCUGACUCUUCAGCAUCAUCUAGAAAAAGGAAGACUUUUGGAUUAACAUCAGCUGGCACUAUGACCAGUGUUAUGAGCAAAUACCUCUUUUCCACUGAUGAGUUGGAAGACGAUAGUGUUCUGGACUAUGAUUGGGAUGAAGAAGCAAAGAAAAAACCCAGAACAUAAUUGAUAUUUUUCAGAGAUGUACUUCAAUGGUUCCUCUUUACAAGUGUAUACAUAGGUUGAUCAUAAGGUGAAACAAUCAGGCCUUCAGAAUUACGGGGUUUUUU